AUGCUCCAGGAAGUCCAAUGGGAACGGUUUUAUACUCACAGAGAUGGUGAGGUUUAAGAACAGAUACUUCCUCUGUGAGAUUAUCUCUGAAGACUCACGCUUUCAGCAAUGCAUUGACGAACGAGCUGUGCACAAUACAGUGAAGAAUGUCGUUGCAAGAAUGCAUGGAGACUUUGGGCUGGCGUGCUGCUCCAUUGCUUUCUCAGUGAAGUAUCUCAACGCCUACACAGGGAUAGUUCUUUUGUGUUGCCGGAAAGACUUUCAUCGGCUUCUCUGGUCAUCUCUGCCUUUUAUAACUCACUUGGAGAGCAGGAACCAAUGUUACCCAUGUUCCUUUAACACGCUGCAUGUUGGAGCUACAAUAAGAACAUGUCAGAAAUUCCUAAUCCACUACAACCGGAACCAGCUACUGUUGUUGCUGCGCAACUGCACCAGUGAAGCAGAUAAACAAGCUAUCCAGAAGUCAGUGCAGAGCUGUAUGUUUGUUGAAGAGGAACAGUUUCACAGUAAGGAUGAAGAAAGUGACGACAGCAUGCAGAUGGCAUGA